UCUCACGGAGCUGCGGUCCCGCGGCGUUCGGAGCCGCCUCCCCCACCGGCCUCGCGGCAUGUGCACCUGUGGGUGGGUCCUGUUAGUGUCACCCCCGUCACGGACGAGGAGACUUAGGCACAGCUCCCAAGUGACUUGUCGUCGGGCCCCCAGGAGGACUCCUGUGAGCAGCCUCCAUGAGGCCCUGGACCAGUGCAUGACCGCCCUGGACCUCUUCCUCACCAACCGAUUCUCAGAAGCACUCAGCUACCUCAAGCCCAGAACCAAGGAGAGCAUGUACCACUCGCUGACGUAUGCCACCAUCCUGGAGAUGCAGGCCAUGAUGACCUUUGACCCUCAGGACAUCCUGCUCGCAGGCAACAUGAUGAAGGAGGCGCAGUUGCUGUGUCAGAGGCACCGGAGGAAGUCUUCCGUGACAGAUUCCUUCAGCAGCCUGGUGAACCGCCCCACUCUGGGCCAAUUCACGGAAGAGGAGAUCCACGCUGAGGUCUGCUAUGCGGAGUGCCUGCUACAGAGAGCAGCCCUGACCUUCCUGCAGGAUGAGAACAUGGUGAGCUUCAUCAAGGGUGGCAUCAAAGUUCGAAACAGCUACCAGACCUACAAGGAGUUGGACAGCCUGGUCCAGUCCUCACAGUACUGCAAGGGGGAGAGCCACGGGCACUUUGAAGGAGGGGUGAAGCUCGGUGUGGGAGCCUUCAACCUGACACUGUCCAUGCUUCCCACUAGGAUCCUGCGGCUGCUGGAGUUUGUGGGGUUUUCAGGAAAUAAGGACUAUGGGUUGCUGCAGCUGGAGGAGGGCGCGUCAGGGCACAGCUUCCGCGCCGUGCUGUGCGUCAUGCUGCUGCUGUGCUACCAUACCUUCCUCACCUUCGUGCUUGGUACUGGGAAUGUCAACAUCGAGGAGGCAGAGAAGCUCUUGAAGCCCUACCUGAACAGGUAUCCAAAGGGCGCCAUCUUCCUGUUCUUUGCGGGGCGGAUCGAAGCCAUUAAAGGCAACAUUGACGCAGCCAUCCGGCGUUUUGAGGAGUGCUGUGAGGCCCAGCAGCACUGGAAGCAGUUCCACCACAUGUGCUACUGGGAGCUGAUGUGGUGCUUCACCUACAAGGGCCAGUGGAAGAUGGCCUACUUCUACGCUGACCUGCUCAGCAAGGAGAACUCCUGGUCCAAGGCCACCUACAUCUACAUGAAGGCCGCCUACCUCAGCAUGUUUGGGAAGGAGGACUACAAGCCGUUUGGGGAUGACGAGGUGGAGUUGUUUAGGGCUGUUCCAGGCCUGAAGCUCAAGAUUGCUGGGAAAUCUCUACCCACGGAGAAGUUUGCCAUCCGAAAGUCCAGACGCUACCUCUCCCCCAACCCUGUCUCAUUGCCAAUCCCUGCUCUGGAAAUGAUGUACAUCUGGAAUGGCUAUGCUGUGAUCGGGAAGCAGCCGGCACUCACGGAUGGGAUACUCAAGAUUAUCACCAAGGCUGAAGAAAUGCUGGAAAAAGGCCCAGAAAACGAGUACUCAGGGGAUGACGAGUGCUUGGUGAAAUUGUUGAAAGGCCUGUGUCUGAAAUACCUGGGCCGUGUCCAGGAGGCCGAGGAGAAUUUCAGGAACAUCAUGGCCAAUGAGAAGAAGAUUAAGUAUGAUCACUACUUGAUCCCCAACGCCCUGCUGGAGCUGGCUCUGCUGUUAAUGGAGCAAGGCCGAAAUGAAGAGGCCAUCAGACUCCUGGAAUCUGCCAAGCAAAACUACAAGAAUUACUCCAUGGAGUCAAGGACACAUUUUCGAAUCCAGGCAGCUACACUCCAAGCCAAGUCUUCCCUAGAGGAUGGCAACAGAUCCAUGGUCUCAUCAGUGUCCUUGUAGCUUUGUGCAGCAGUCCCUGGCUGGAAGACGAACAGAGACAGCUGGACAGAGCUCCUGGAAACAUUUCAAAAGAUCCUCUCCCCCUCUCCUGCCUUGCCUUUGGGGACCACCGGUGCUCCAGUGGGAUGGCAGGACACGGGCAUCUGUGCAGAAGCCAUACCCGCAUUUUCACCAGUGUGGCCAAGGGCCUUUGCCAUGGGCAGAGCGGGUGGAGCCCUCUGCCUGCCCUGCCACACAUACGGGUACUUGUUUUUCACUGUGAUGUUGAAGAGAAUGUAUGAACAGUUUACAUUUUCCUUAGAAAUACAUUGAUGGGAUCACAGUUGGCUUAAAAAAAAAAACAACAAAAAACCAACACCAACGAACCACCUGUAAAUCUUUGUUUUCACCCCUCAUGUUUUGAAGGUAAAUCUCUUUAUAUGAUGCCAAAGGGCAAACUGCUUUUCAAGCGCCAGCAAGCUUUCAGCUUCUGGGACUGGAAGGUUCUUCCUCUCAGAGGACCUGAGGAGUGCCCGGAGAGUCUGAGCCUUAGGCUUUGAUGCUUCUGGGGUUGGCACGGAGGCUGUGCACAGACACCCACUACCUUACUUCUCACCCCUGUCUCACGCCCUUUGCAACUUUCUAUUUGAAAAAUCAAACACGUCUUCUGAGUGAGAUAAAACUUGAGCCCAUCUGCAGAAAAGCCAUCUCCGCCAGGAGGAAAGGGCUGCCAAGGCCGCUGGGGGGGCUGCAUGGCCCUUUCUGUGCCAAAGCCAGGAAGUUUGGGGGACAGCGGGAAGGUUCUGUAUCUUUACUGUACGCCAAACAAGCCAAUGGGAAUAAUUCAUGAAACAUAAAACUCCACUGUACUUCACUCCAAGGUACAUUUAUUUACUGACAGCAUUUUUCUUAGCAAUAGAACGGUUGUUUUUG